GCCAGGGGACUCCAUGUCCCAGCAUGACCUUCGGCAGGAGGCCGAGCGGCCCGCCUUCGCGGCGCCGCUUGUGGGAAAUGGAGUCCCGCCUCCGUUAGCGGAUAUCGAGGCGGAUGGUGGCCGGGACUCCAUUUCCCAUCCGCUCCCGCGACAGGGCCGGGCUGGGCCGGCUCCCGAGCCGCCUCAGACGGAGCCAGCCAGCCAGCGCGGCCCCCCUUCCCUUUUCCCCGGUCCCGGCCUCACCAUGAGCAGCGGCAGCGCCGGCUCUUCCCGGCCCCGGACGAGCUCCUUCGCAGACCCGUCAGGCGGGGCUCCCGCCACGGCGCCCGCCGCGCCAGGCCCCACCUCGGGGGCAGCGCCGGGGGGGAAGCCCGGGGGGGCUGCCGGGCCUGGGCCGGGGGGAGGCGGGACCAGCACGGCAGUCGGCUCCUUCCCGGGGCUCAAGCUGGGCCGUAAGUACCGCCUGGGUCGGGGGUGGCAGUGAGGAAGGGGGAGGGGGGACAAAGAAGGGGUGGGGGAGGGGAAGGGAAGGGGUGGCUUGAAUGAUAUCGACCAGAGGAAGAGGAGAAGGGCAGGGGGCUGGGGGAGAGUUGGGAAAGGGCGAAAGAAAAGAGGGGUGCUAGGGAAGUGGGGGGAUGGGCGAGAGCUUGGGAGGCGGGGACAAAGGAGGGGGAGAUGUGGGGAGAAAUGGGACGAGGGGGAGUAUCUGAGGGUGCUCAGCCUUUGGGGUGGCUGGCAUAGGGUGGUAGGGAGGAGUCUCCGAGAGCCACACCUGCUCUUGAGGGUGGUGCCAGUUUUGGGGGCUCCGGAGGUUUAGGCAAAGGGAAGCGGGGUGGGGGACAGGGGUCCUACUUUCCUCCCUGGGCUCCUUUGGGAGGAAGGGUGGGAUAUAAGCCUAACCAAUGAAUGAAUAAUCGAGGAGGGGACAGGUUGGAAAUGUGCCCCUUAGGUUUGAGGAGGUGUGUGUUUAUUUUGGAGGGGUUUGCUAACGGGCACCAGCGCAGGAGAGAGCUGGGUCACUUGGCACCUCAGAGUGGUGAUGCAGAAGAAAAGUUGGCCUGGGUCGGUGCAGGGAGAAUCUGCAAGAGCUUGAGGUUCUCAGCUGGUGGGACCAGGGCUCUGGGAAAAAGGCUAUUUGAGGUCAGCAGCUGGACGAGUGGUCCAGAAUUAUACUGGUGACGUCAGGAUGAAAUCAUUGAAGCCGGGAGGUUAGUAAGGGUAGCCAGGGGUGUUCAUUUCCAUGGGGUUGAAGGAGGCAGCCUGUGACGGCUGCUGGAAUUGUCUAAGCUUUCCUUAGUGCCAAUCUGGUCCUGAGAUGAGCUAGUUUGCAUAGGAAUGACACAGUGCCCUCCAGGAGGGGGUUGCAAUGAAAGAUGGGCUGGACCAUGGAGGGGAGGGAGAACGACUAAUGCUUGGGUGAAAGAGCAAGGAGAAUUGGAGCAGGGUCUGGUUGCCUGGUAACAGGCAGUUCAGAAUGGGCGUGGCAGUGGCAGCACAGGUAAGGCAGUGCAGGUGUGUGGUUGAAAGAUAGUGAGGGGCGGAGGUAUUGGGUGGAGGGAGGCUGGACACUGAGAAGGGAAGCAAUGUGCAGCAUGAAAGUUUAGGAUUUUAGGGGCACAAUCAUAAUUCCAUCAAUUAGCAAUGGCACUUUGAGAAGAGUGGGUGUAGACCAAGACCCUCUAAGCCUCCUAAUCUCAAAGGAUAUUUUAUGAGUGUUGCUGUCCACCCCCUUUGGAUUACCAGUUGGGAAAAGGACAACCACCCCACCUAAAAAUCAGGUUUGGGGUAUGCAGUUGCUGGUCCCUAUUAUCAAGUGCUUUGUAAGGUUUAGCUAUAGCAUAGGGAAUUACGAUGUGACAUUUUUUGGUUACUCAUUUGGAUUGCCUUAGGAAUGUUGUGUGUUCAGCACCAGCUGUUGGGUACGGGUGUGUAGGCCAUUGGACUCAGUGAUGAAGCAGCUUGGGGGUGCUGAGGGUCACCUAAUGGUGUCCUAUUUGGAGCAUGUUGACAUUGUGUUGGAGAGGGUGUGGAUAUGUGUUUGGGGAGCGGAAGUCAAGUGGUGCUUGAGAUUUCCACAGCAUCUGGAACUCUCACCCCUUUUCUCAAACAUUCCCCUUCUUCCAGGAGAUAGCGGCAAGGUGACCACUGUGGUGGCCACACCAGGUCAGGGCCCCGACCGCCCCCAAGAAGUUUCGUAUUCUGAUAUCAAGGUCAUCGGCAAUGGGUCAUUUGGGGUUGUCUACCAGGCCCGACUAGCAGAUUCCGGGGAGCUGGUGGCUAUCAAGAAGGUGCUGCAAGAUAAACGCUUCAAGGUGAGUUGAAAGGGAAAGUCUGUCAAUGCGUCUUGCUGAUUUCGCCACUUGGGAUUCUGUAGCUCACCUCGAUCUUCUUGCUUUCAGAACCGAGAGCUGCAGAUCAUGAGGAAGCUGGAUCACUGCAACAUCGUUCGCCUGCGGUAUUUCUUCUACUCGAGUGGGGAGAAGGUACGGACAGGGGAAGAAAUGGAGAAUGGUUUGUUCAGAAUGUCUGGCAACAUUGGUUCCUAUCCAUUGGCCACUUUUGCUGGGGCUGAUGGGAGUUGGGGGAGGACGGCUGAUUCCUCACUCCUGAGUUAGGCUGAGAGAGCAGCUGUGUUAAGGCAGCCUUUGCCUAACUGGUUCCCUCCAGAUGUUUUGGGCUACAAGUCCCAUCAGUCCAAAGGGGGACCAAAGACUAUGCUGAGCUCAUUCAGCUCUACAGCCAAAUGGGAAUUUGAAGCUGGGUGUCCUCAGUCCUAGUCUAUUUGCUAUGCCCUUCCAUUCUGGCUCUUUUAUACCAGAGGGUCCACUGGGAAAAGGUUUACGGCAAAUUUGGAUGAUUUAGCAGUAUGUAGUUCUCAUGAUUGGCAUGAUGAAAGCCGCAGUCAGAUUGUCGACACUUUGUUCUUACUCUAUACAGGAUAGUCUUACUCUACUUCGGUAAUCCGAAGUGGCAAUAGCUGUUAAGUUGUGUUCCUUUGUGCUACUUCCUAAAUCCAGGCUUUUGGGGUGCAGGCAAAGCUAACAGUGAUAACAAAAUUGAGGCUUCUCUUAAUUGACCUCUUUGUUUCCAGCCCUUUGGUGUUUUUGCCAAGAUCUAAUUGAGGCGCAUCUCAUCAGAGCUCAGCUACAGGAUGCGUUUUCAUUGCUGGAGCUGAACUCAAAAGCACCUGGAAAUAGCAGAAUGCCUUUGAGCAUAAAUACGCAGCACUUAACUGCUGAGGAAGCAACAGCUGCCCUCUCUGCACCUGGGACUUGAGUUCUGCCUUCCAGAUAAGCGGGAGUAUGCAACACAUUUCUCUUUUUAAAAAUUAAGCCCUCAUUUUUCUUGUUGCGCUUCUAUCCUUUACUGCUGCAACCAUAUGAGCUCUUUAUGUAAAAGUCCUUUUAUAUUAUAUGAGAGUCUGUAUAUCUUUUCGAGACGAAAGCUGGGGUUGGGGCAGUCCUAACAGGUGUAUCUUGAGGGUUCCAUGUUGCCCACUGCCAUUUGUAAGGUGGAGAUGGUCUGGAGGUUCCCUCACUUCCCUCUUCUUCACAAUCUGUUGCAGAAGGAUGAAGUUUAUCUUAAUUUAGUCCUGGACUUCGUGCCCGAGACGGUCUAUCGCGUGGCCCGGCACUUCACCAAAGCCAAACAGACCAUCCCUGUCAUCUAUGUAAAGGUGAGUGUCACUCCUGCUUCAAAAUGUUCCGUGCCCAAGAAGACAGUGGCACCCAGGACCACAUUUGCACAUUGCAAUGAACCAUGCCUUGCUCUCUCUUCCCUCCUUGCCUAGCAAGAGUGAGAACAGCAAAACACCAUCCCGGACUUAGCAUUGCGUCUGAACUCGGGGUUGUUCUGCUCAAACUAAGAUCGGGAAGCCAAGGGAUGGACCUUUGCUUCACGUUUUGGGAGGAGCCUGCUGAAUCAGGCCAAAGGCCUAUCUUGCUGAGCGCUCCAUUCUCACAGGGGCCACCCGGAUAGGAAAGCCUGCAAGCAGGACUUCCCACCUGUGAUUCCCAGCAGCUGAUAUUCAGAGGCGCAAUGCCUCCGGCCGCAGAGGUAGAACAUAAGACUUAGUCAGCUGCCACAUUAUAACCCCACCGCAUCUGUAAGAACUUGAUUGUUUAGUGUGGCAGCACCCAACACGUUGGAACUCCUUGUCUAUUUCGGGCAGGUGCCUUCAUUGUAUUCUUUUCGGUGCCUGCUGAAGGCAUCCUUAUUUAGAUAAGCCUGCCCAGAUGUUUAGAAAGUUUGCAUGAGUUUUAAAUUGUUUCAGUCUAUUCUAUUGUGGCUUUAACCUUCUGUGUGUUUUAAAUUAUUGUUAUAAAUCUUUUAGUGACAAUUUUAUUGUUUCAAUUUUUUUUUGAGGUUUUCUUUCUAUAAUCAAGUGGUAUAUAAUCUUUAUGAACUAAAUAAAUAAGCUGUCAUCGUAGCUAGUCCUCCAUGCAGUUGCCUACAGCCUUGUGGUUCUUGGAUGAAGGGUGGUGUAUAAAUUUAAUAAAUAAUAGUAGCUAUUAUUAAUUAAAAACUUACUUAAUUGAAAGUUGAGGUUUCCUGGAAGCAGGGGUUGAGUGCCCAUAAUGUCAUAUUUUGCAUGCUGUACAACGACAGCCCAUGCAGAGUCCUGGGUGUAAUGAAUGCUUCAGAAGUUAUGGCUGCGAUGCAGUCAGACGAGCCCCUGGGCCCAUUAUGGAGCUGCUGUUCCUGGUUUCAACAAAGACGUCAAGAUGGUAACGGCCAGAAGACGUCUUGAACCCCCUCUGUCCUUUGAAGGGGCAAGAGCCCCCCAUGCGUUCCCAUUUUAAUGCGUACAGUCGGAAGGCUCUUUUUCGCCUCCUCGGGAUUUUACAAUGAGCCUCGGGUAUUAAUAAAGUCGAUUGGGAUCUCCCAUCAUUUUUGAAAGGUUUAUUUGACUAACACGGAUCGAGAACAAACACCCCUAUUUUAAAAUAAAAUAUCCCUGUCGGAAAGGGAUGAUGAAAAUAUUAUUUUAAUUUAUCGCCUGCCUUUCACCCCAAGGUUAGCUUGUAAGGAAAAAUAAGUGUUGGGACCUACCCCCUUCUCUGAUUUUAAAUAUUGCAUGUUAUGUAGCAGGUGUGUGGGACCUUGGGGCCUUCGGAUGCUAUUGCAUUACAACUUUCUCCAUCUAUAGCCAUUUGCCAUGCUUGCUAGGGCUGAUGGGAGUUACAGUUCAUCAACACUCAACGACCGAAGGUUUCCCCCUACUUCUUAUAUAGGAAAGGGAAAAACCACUUUGCUAACACCCACUGAUCCCAGUUUCCAUCAGCCCCAGCCAGGCGGCCAGUGAUUAGGGAUGAUUGACAUUAUAGUUCUUUUUUUUUUAUUUAAGGGAAAGGGCUUUUAAGUAGUGCUGUGCUCUUUUUACUAUCUGAAUUUUAAUAGAUCUGUUUUAUAUUGUUUUAAUACUAUUAUAGUCUUAAUUGCUUUUUAACUAUUACCUUUUAUACAUUCUUCGCCUUCUGUGUUUUAUGUGUUGUUUUAAUUUGUGUAAGCUUCCUUGAGUCCUGGUCUGGGGGAAAAGGAGGGAUACAAAUAAAUAUGAUAAUAGUCCAGAAACAUAUGGAGGAUUAAAGGCUUCCCAGCCCUUCCCUGAGGCACUCAUGUUGCCCCUUCCCAAUCACAGCUAUCUUUUCUCCUUCUUUUGCUAACCUUUCUGAGUGAAUGGGCUGAGGUUUUCAUUUUUCAUUUAAUACUUUCUUACUUGCCCGUUCCCACAAGGUUCAAGGAUGGGUUACAGUGACAGGAUAUGCAAUUUGUAAAAACAAAAACAAAAAAAUCACUAUAACUAUAAAGCAUGAAAAAUUGUUCCAAAUGGAACAGGAUAACAGACAUUUUUGUCUCUAGCUAAUUUUUAGACUCCCAUUAACUAUUUUGCAUUUCUAAAAUACUAUAUGUGUACAUUCAUGUAAAGCUGUCUCAUAUUGAGUGAAGCUACGGGUCCCUGUAGCCCAGUAUUAUCUUGUCUGCCUGGCAGUAGCUCCCUGGGGUCUUUGAGGGCAGAGAAGGGUCUUUUUCUGCUCCUUCUGAUGGGAUGUGCUGUGAAUGGUCCCUUGUCUUUGUGCAGUUCGUCUGCUGGUGGGGUUUCCCUAUCAAUAGCGAAUAACAUCUCUGCUUAAGGAUCUGUACUGACCUAUAAAAUGUAUCUUAAACGUCAAUAGACUUCUCUUCCUGAUCCCACCCCUUUUCUCAGUUAAUUUUGAAUUUUAAUGGCACUUCCAGUCCUUUUGAAGCCUCUCCAUAGAUGAGGUUUCUGUGGUUUUGUUUUCUUCAAUUACUGCUGAUUUUGUUUUGUUGGUUUUACUUCUCUUGCAGUUUCUGUUUUUAUUUGGAAGCAGCCCUGAGUUUGAUUUUCUUUUUUCUUUUAUCCUAGAAAGGCUGUGUGUAAAUAAAAUUGGUGCCAUGCCACAAGUCACUGUAGCUUUUCUGAUUGUAAAGGACCAUUAGGUCCAGUCGCGGUCGACUCUGGGGUUGUGCGCUCAUCUCGCUCUAUAGGCCAAGGGAGCCGGCGUACAGCUUCCGGGUCAUGUGGCCAGCAUGACUAAGCCGCUUCUGGCGAACCAGAGCAGCACACGGAAACGCCAUUUACCUUCCUGCUGGAGCAGUACCUAUUUAUCUACUUGCACUUUGAUGUGCUUUCGAACUGCUAGGUGGGCAGGAGCAGGGACCGAGCAACAGGAGCUCGCCCCGUCGUGGGGAUUUGAACUAUUGACCUUCUGAUUGGCAAGACCUAGGCUCUGUGGUUUAGACCACAGCGCCACCUGCGUCCCUUUUUCUGAUUGUAGGGAUUCCUAAUAGGAAUGGCAAGGUUGGGUCAGACCAGUGACGCAUUUUUUCGCCCAACAGUGGCUAAACUGAGGUUCAUGGUUCUGACGUGGCAGUGAUGCCCAUUUGCAUUGUUGAACCAUGGUAGCUGGGAGUUAGAGGUAUAUUGUAGUUGAACGUGGAGAUUCGGGGUUGUGGCAGCAGGCUCUUUAAGCCGCCAGAGGCCCCAGUGAACAGAAAGGUGGAGGGGGAUGUGAUUUUGUUGAUUUCCCCUCAUGCUCCUUCCUCAAAUCUCCUCCAGUGGGUUGGGGGACCCUUUGAACAGUGUGGAAGAUGGUGCUGAAGCUGCAGGAAAAAGGGGAAAUUUACAUAAAUCACCUCUGCCCCCCCUUUCCCAUUCACAGAAGCUUCCACUGGAUCAAAGAGCCUUUCCACAGUUGGAUACAACCCAGUGCUAAUUAGUUCGUAUGGAUGACAGCCACUGAUGAGAAUCUUAUGCAUUUGCAGAGUGCCGCCGUUCAGGGCAAAUGCAGGGAACAACGCGUCCAUGUGCCGCAGUCUAUUUUGCACUGAGGUUUCUAACCCGCUUUCCCCACCCCAACAAUGCAGAUGCUCAAAGCAGCUAACAAAAUGCAGGCAAAAUAAAAAUAAAACAUCAGGAUAACUGGAGUCCAAAUAGAUGCAUAACUACAACACACCAGAAACAGAAUUUUAAAGAAAAUGCCUAGCUUUUGGUGGUCGCUGCCAGAAGAUGGCUGUUUGGUAAUCAAUAUGUGAACUUUGGCCUUCUUGAAUGGGAUACGUGUGUGUGCCUGUUCUCUUUGAGUUUUUCCUCUCGUCUUAGGCUUCUGUCUCUGGCCUGCUUUCUUUCCCCCUGAGACUGCUCCCUCUGUUGGCCUUCCCAGACAUCUCUUUUCACCUCUGCUGGACAUUGGCCUUUCACACACACACACACACACACACACACACACACACACACACGGCUUCCUGAGAUUCUCUGAUUUGCCUUCAGUUUAGUAUCGGAGCAGCUUAGCAAAUGGCAGCAGGACAGUCUUCCUCUUUCCGAGCCCUCUGUGACAUUAAGGAAGCCCCAUGGGCUGCGCCACCACCGCAAAUCUUUUAGUUCGAGGAUGGAGAACCUGUGGUUGCCGCCAGGUGUUGCUGGACUACAACUCCCAUCAUCCAUGGCCAUUGGAGCAGGCCAGCUUGGGCUGAUGGGACUUGGAGUCCAGCAACAUCUGAUGGUGGCCACAUCCAUCGGGUUCCCGUCCCUGGCUCCAAAGUCACAUGCUGACGGCCACUGCAUCAUCUGUGGCAUUAAACUCCAUAGGCUGGUUAUACGUUGAGCCUAAAGUGCUUUCCCUUGCUUGCGUUUUUAACUUGCUGCAUCCCCACCCAUGACUGAGCCAGGGUCUCUGAGCGAAACACCUCUGUACGCAUUAUAUCAUUUAAGUUACUGUUUUAACCUCAAUGUCUGUCAUCUCCCUCUCUCCCAACCAGGUGUACAUGUACCAGCUGUUCCGCAGUCUUGCUUACAUCCAUUCUCAAGGCGUGUGUCAUCGGGACAUCAAACCCCAGAACCUACUGGUGGACCCCGACACAGCAGUACUGAAGCUUUGCGACUUUGGCAGGUGAGAGAGGCAUGGAAGCGGCUGUUCCCAGCACACACGCCCCCGUAGAAUGGACUUCGGCCCUUGUGUGAUGGAUUUACAAAUCACCCUGGUGCUCCAAAUACACAAGUAGACUUGUUUCUGUCCGUGACCCAUAAUUUACUCAAAAUAUUCAGCCAGAGGUUUGCUUGGUUAUUUCAUACCCAUAUGUGCGACUCAACUUCUGCUGCCUCUCAUGCCUCCUUUUCCCCUGUUGCAUAGCUCCAUCAUCCUACAGGCCUCAGAUAAUAUUUAUUUAUUUAUUUAUUCAUUCAUUCAUUCAUUCAUUCAUACCCCACCCAUCUGGCUGGGUUUCCCCAGCCACUCUGGGCGGCUUUCAUCAAAAAAAAUUAAAAAUACAAUAAAACGUCAGAUAUUAAAAUGAGGCUUCUCCACCAAUUAGUUCCUUCCUUCCUUCCUACCUUCCUUCGUUCGUUCUUCCCAAUGCUUUCCCUUUCCCCUUCAGCGGUUUGACCACCCUGUGAUAUCUCAGGGUGGAAAUGGAGACUCAUAGGCUCCAGUCUUUAAUCAACAAAGGCUGCAGCUGGCUGACAUAGUUAGUUGGGGUUCCGAGUUCAGGGUGCAGGUUUACACACAAUUUUGUGUGUUUUGUGCAGGGUGGAUUUGAUUUAAAUCAAAUCAAUUUAAAUCACUAGUCAGUAAGACUUGAUUUAAAUCAUUUUUUUUACAGAAAGACUCAUUCUUGCUGGUAUAAUCUUAAUAUUUACAACCAUAUGAAGGUUUAAUUUUUGGAAUAAUAAAUUUUCAGAGUAGUUUUUACAGUUAUAUCAAAAACUGCUGAUUUGGUUAUACUAUUAGAAAUACAUAGAUAAUUAUGAAAUUAUUGUGAGGUUUAAUAAGUUAACUGUUUCUAUUUGGACAACUUUUUCUGUUGUACUUUAUUGGAAGGAGAAAAAUAAUCAUUUCCUUAAUAAAAAAAAUAUUUAACUAAAACAAUAACAUAGCAUAUGUAUCCGUGUUUGUUAACUGAUGUGGUUAAACUUUUUUAAAAAAAAAACCAUUAGACUGAAAAACUUAAAACAAAUCCUUAUUUCCUGAUGAAUAAUCUUUGGACUAUAAUGCAACUUAAAUAGCAAACUAUUUUUAAAAAGAUUUUUCCUCCGAAAGCGUUUUAUUUUUUAAAAUCCAAUUUAAAUUAAAAAAAAAUUGAUUUAAAUUUAAAGAAAACCUGAUUUUAAUUUUUUUUUUAAAAAAAACCAUUGAUUUUUAUCCACCCUGGUUUUGUGGUCAUAGGCCAUCUUUGUCCUCCCUUCCCUUUCAUCUUACAAUGACUGGCAGCUUACCUUGCAGUCGACGAACUUCUUGCUGCUUUCAUAACUCACUGAAGCAGCUACUCAGUGUUGUUUUAUGCUGGUUGACCUUUUUAUGGGUAACAUCUUAAACGUGCUUUGGGGCCCUGCUUCUCUCAUCCUCAUCAGCCCUCUGAGAUGGAGAGAGAGAGAGAGAGAGGAAUAGCCAGCCCAAGGUCACCAGUGGCAAUUUGAACUUGGGUCUCCCAGUCCUAGUCCAGCCCCUUAAUUAUUACACUAUGCAAGCUGUUUGGUGAAUUCGUUUAAUUGAUGAAUUAGUGACUUCAGCAGGUGGUUAUUAAAAAGUCCUUAAUCAAAGAGUAGACUUACUUGAGCUAUACGUUGUGCACAGGAGAUUCUGACUAAAUAUUCAGAAAAACUUUCUGACAGAGCUGUUCAGUGGCGGAACAGACGCCUACGAGAGGUUCUAGACUCUCCUUCCUUUGGAGGUUUUUAAGCAGAGGUUGGAUGGUCAUCUGCCAUGGAUGCUUUUGCCGAGAUCCCUCAUUGCAGGGGGUUGGACUAGAUGACCUUUUGGUCCCUUCCAGCUGUAAGAUUCUAUGAUCCUCACAACAAUCCUGUGAGAUAGGUUAGGCUGAAAGAGAGAGGGAGAAAGUGCAGCUGGUUGAAAAGUCACUCACUGAGCUUCAAGGCUAAGGAGCGUUUGACCCCAGGUCUCUUAGUCUGAGACUAUACAGUGGUACCUUGGGUUACAGGCGCUUCAGGUUGCAUACGCUUCAGGUUACAGACUCUGCUAACCCAGAAGUAGUACCUUGGCUUAAGAACUUUGCUUCAGGAUGAGAACAGAAAUUGUGCUCUGGCGGCACGGCAGCAGCAGGAGGCCCCAUUAGCUAAAGUGGUGCUUCAGGUUAAGAACAGUUUCAGGUUAAGAACGGACCUCCGGAAUGAAUUAAGUUCUUAACCAGAGGUACCACUGUAACUCAGUUCUCAAACGAUGUGAUGUGCAGGAGAGGUGGCAUAUGUGGUGGGAAGAGUCAAGGAUAGUCAAAAGAAACAUUCAAACAUUUCAGUGUAGUACAGUCAUACCUCAGGUUACAGAUGCUUCAGGUUGCGUUUUUUCGGGUUACAGACCGCCGAAACCCGGAAGUACUGGAACGGGUUACUUCUGGGUUUCGGCGAUCGCACAGCGCCGUUGCAGGUUGCAAACGCUGUGGGUUGCGAACAUGCAUCUCGCACGGAUCACGUUCGCAACCCGAGCGUCCACUGUAUAGUGUCUUCCUUUUUUCUUUUUGCAGAAUACACAUAGGUAUCUUUUCACAAUGAGAGCAAGAACAUCAUGUGAUGUUGAGGACAAUCCUAGUUGUGUUUUCCAGUAUAUUUCUUCUCAGUGGCACAAGCAAAGUUUUAUUUUGAAAGAGUGCACCAUAGAAAAAAGUUUGAGAACCACCACUCUAACUGCCGCACCACUCCGUCUUUAUCACAGCCAUCCAUACUCUUGUUUCUCUUUCCAGUGCAAAGCAGUUGGUGCGAGGAGAACCCAACGUUUCCUACAUCUGUUCUCGCUACUAUCGUGCUCCCGAGCUCAUCUUUGGAGCCACAGACUACACCUCAAACAUAGGUGAGUGCCUGACCCUACCCUUGCAUCUUGCAUCUCUGUGGGGUUCAGACGCCUCUGCAGAGUGAAUGUCCUCUCAUUGUAACAAGUGAGUGGGACCUGGUGGCUGACGGAAAAAAGCUUUCCUGAAUUCUCUAAUGCCCCGAAGAGGUGGAUGCCUGAAACGUCAUCCAUUGUGAGAUGCAGUACGUCCUAGCUGGUAUUACCGUAUUUUUCGCCCUAUAGGGCGCACCGGCCCAUAGGGCGCACCUAGUUUUUUUUGGGGGGGGGGGGAGAAAAAAAAUUAUUUCCCCCCCAGGCGCGGGGCUGGGGCGGGGGAAGCCCGAGAACAGGCUGCUAUCCGCAAGCCUGCCGGUCUCCCCAGGCUUGCGGAUAUCUGCCUGAAGCCCGGGGCAUGCUCCGCUGCGCUCCCCGGGUUUCGGGCUGCAGGCUGCUGUCCGCAAGCCUUGGGAGCCCGGCGGGAAGUCGCACCAGGCUCCCAAGGCUUGCGGAGAGCUGCCCGAAGCCCAGGGUGCACUCCGCUGCAGGCUGCGGGAAGUUGAGCCGGGCUCCCAAGGCUUGCGGAUAGCGCACCGACCCCUCUCACUCUCCAGGCUUCAGCGAAUGCCUGCAUUCGCCCCAUAGGACACACACACAUUUCCCCUUCAUUUUUGGAGGGGGAAAAGUGCGUCCUAUAGGGCGAAAAAUACGGUAUGCCGUAAAGCAGGGAUGGGGAGUAUGUGGCUCAGCAGAUGUUGUUGGACUCCCCACCCCAUCAGCCUCAGAGGCUGUGGUCCAAGAACAUCUGGAGGACCAGAAGUUAUCCAUCCUUGCUAUAAGGAAGCUGCCUUCCAGAGUCUGCACCAUCUAGCUCAUUGCUGCCAACACUGACUGGCAAUGGUUCUCCAGAGUUUCAGACAAAAUACUCUUACUAGCUGGAUUGGAGAUGCUGGAGGAUCUGACCUGGGUCCCUUCCACAUGCGGAGUUUGUACUCUACUUCUGAUUUAUGGCAGGAGUUUCUCUCCUCUGCCCACCCAGUGCUAAAAGGAAAAAGUUGAGGACUUCCACUUCUAGGCAUGGGGUGCUGCUUCCCUCCCAGGAGGCCAGCUUUCAAUGAAGUCCCCAUCUGCUUCCUUCCUAGAUAUCUGGUCUGCUGGCUGUGUGCUGGCAGAGCUGCUUCUGGGGCAGCCUAUAUUUCCUGGGGACAGUGGAGUGGACCAGCUGGUGGAGAUCAUCAAGGUAACGAACUGAUCAUUUACUCUUUCUCGCUGGGCCACUCCAGCUCAAGUAUUCAAAUAAACACUCUUGUGGGCUCCCUCAGUGUUUUUCUAACAUCUUACUCUUGCCUGGUGAACCCUGUGCAUUCUAAAUGAAUUCUGGUGUGCCCCUGCUUGGUUCGUGUGGGUUGGUAGUCACACACCUCACCUUCAUGCACAACCGAUGUGACAGAAGACAGGUGAUGGUGCACAAAAUGUAUUUGGUUGGGGGAAACGGUAGUCUCCCCUUGCUGAUCUUGUCAGUGAGGAGCCACUGAAAAGAACUUGAAGCCCACCCAGGACACAGUUUGAAGGCCACUGGCGUACUCUUUCCUAUGCUAUAAAAUGGACAUACCUGCUUAGAAAGGGUUUGUUACAUCAAACAGAGGACUAUGGGUCAUCCCUCCCUUCAUGACAGGAGCGAGCCAGCAGUAAAUCACACCAAGCAAGUUGGAGUUAACUCUUUACUAGUGAGAACAGGAUCUGCACAGGUGUGUCAGGCCUAAUGAGCGCAGCAACUCAUCUCUGGCAGGUCUUGCCCCAUGAAGCCAUUGCUGAGACUGAAGGUCCCUGCCUCCCCACAGCUGCCUAAGUUCCCUCCUCAGUAGGGUUUUCCCCAAGCAAUCUGAGACUGCACCUGCGUGAAGCUAACUUCUCCGCCCUCUUCAUGCCUCUCCUGGUUCUGGGAGACGAGGGAGGGGAGCUAGUUUCAGCAGGAGGGGGAGACACCUUUGCCUCUUCCCCAGCUGGACUCCUCUUCUGCUUCAGCUUCUGAUUCAGAUUCUGCACUUGUCUCUGCCACAGACUCUCCCUGCUCACUAAAGCCUGUUACCUCUUCAGCUUCUCUUCAGUCUUCUCCCUUUUCUCCUUGAUCACUCAUCAUUGUCCCACCACCACCACUCGCCAGGCUCUGAGCCUUCUUCCUUUGGGGUUUCCCCAGCUGGUUCCUCCCACCAUGCCUCUGUGUCCAACCAGUCUGUGACUUUUCAUUUGGACAGAAUUCCUCCCAUCCCAUUGAGAUGCCAGUAAGACAUUGUGGGUAGGGGAGGAGAACUGAGAAGUCAUCCCGACAUGCUUUGUGACUAGAAUACAUUUCCUUUCUGUGAUUGUUGAGUGUGACAUUCCCCCCCUCUUCUUUCUCUCUUCCCCACCCCCCAAAGGUGUUGGGGACACCAACGCGAGAACAGAUCCGAGAGAUGAAUCCCAACUAUACGGAGUUCAAGUUCCCCCAGAUUAAAGCACACCCCUGGAUAAAGGUAAAGAUGGUGGGGGAAAUGCCAGGGUAGGUGGAGGUUGCUGAGAAUGCUGUCGUCCUCUGCUCAAAGUGCGGGGAGGCUCUUGCACAGGCUUGGGGAAUGGCAUCUACUACUCUGGAUCCCUGUCUCCCCACUCCCCACCCGGUGGGCCAAGUUGGGUAGGUGGGUGGGGCUGCCCACUUGUCAAUCAGCUGCCAUCACAACAGCAUCAGGCGAUUCCCACCCCGCUGCACAGAGCAGCAUUCUCUGCAGGCCCCAGCAGCCGGCCGAUUGGCAGUGCCUGCAAACCUCCUCUUGGUACAGCUAUACCUUUACCUGCCUCACGCUUGACACUGCAUAAUGCUGGGUGUAGUGCAGGUGGGCCCAGUUAGGCCUGAGGCUUCCCCACGGCUGCUCAAGGGUAUCAUUGGAGAGGGACAGUUGGGGGAGUUUUAGCUGCUUGGGGAGGCUGCGGCACAGGUUUCUCUCUCCGUUACCCUGUAUGUUCCAGAGGUUCCUCUUAAUUGCUUGUUGUUGAUAACUUGAACCCACCAGUUAGGGUCUUACCUUGUGAAGCAGCAGGAGAAAAAAAAUCAUUCCUUCUAUGUCAGCGUUUCCUAAACUCGGGUCUCCCACCUGGUUUUGGACUACAGCUUGGGAACUCUAGUCCCAAAACAGCUGGAGACUCAAGUUUGGGGAACACUGCUAUGUGACAGCAAAUACCGUAUUUUUCCGUCUAUAAGACGCCCCCACGUAUAAGACGCCCCCUAUUUUGGGGGACUCAGAUUUAAGAAAAUGGGGGGAGAUGUAUCCGUGUAUAAGACGGCCCCUAAUUUUUGACAUUAUUUUUUAGGGGAAAAACCUACGUCUUAUACACGGAAAAAUACGGUAUUUACAUAUAUAUCCCACCAUUCUUUAUGAAGAGCUUAGGGUGCCAAAAAAGGUCUUUAUCCUUACAGCCAACCUGUGAAAUAGGUUAGAGAGCGAGGGAGAGAACAAGAGCGAUCCUGGUGCAAGGUCACCUGAUAACCUUCAAGACUGGACAGGAGCUCGAGCUCCGCUAUCCCUAGACCGGCUACAUAACUCUAGCCACUAUGUCGUGCUGUCUUUGAGAGCGCACACUACUCUCUUCAAGACUUUUACCGGGGACUCCGGCAGUUCUCUGCUUAAAAGUCAUUGGCCGUGAUAAAGGUGGGCAUAUUGCAGAAAAUGCACAUGUGAAACUUGUUCCUUUGCAUGCAACUCAAGUAGCAUUUUUCAAGUGGACGGGGAGUGGAGCUGCAUUGCAUUGUGGAUGACCUCUGGUGCCCCCCAUGCCAGGUGUUCAAGCCCCGCACGCCGCUGGAGGCCAUCUCGCUGUGCAGCCGGCUGCUGGAGUACACGCCCGCCACCCGCCUCUCCCCACUGGAGGCUUGCGCCAACAGCUUCUUCGAUGAGCUGCGUGAGCCCAAUGCUCGGCUGCCCAACGGCCGCGACCUGCCCCCCCUCUUCAACUUCAGCCCUGUGGGUAAGUGGUUGGCAUCUUGGAAAGCAGGCAGAGCGGUGGGGCCGAGGGGAGUGUCAGGCAGGGGGGCCUAUUGUCAUGGUCCUCGAGGAAGCACAAAACAUUUGCUAGAGAAGACUUUGGUGCAGGUUAAAUUCCAUCCCCAGAUGUGGCCUCACUGAGCCAGGAAUUGAGUGGAUGCUUUUGAAUGUUGAUUAUUCAGUUUACUCUGCUACUCCACAGUUUUUCUUUUGCUGCUUCAUUGUCCUCCCCAUUUUGGGUCCUUGUUAUCCCUGCUUAUGGGUCAGUAAUGUAAAGGUCGUCCCCCAAGAUGGUUGUUGGCAAUGGAGUGUGCCUCCGGGGGUGAAGUCAAACCACUGUGUUAACAGCACCAAUGUGACCUCCCUGGGGUGCAACCCUGAGCAUGGAGGUCUUGGACUGCCCAGACGAUAAGACCCCCCCUCUCAGCCUCACUGAUGUGUUCCAAAGAAAGCAGAGCAAUGUUUGGCACCAGCUUGGCUGCAGGAGUUGCUGGAAAGAGUUGUACAAGGUGCUAUCCAACAGCCUUAGGGACUCCGCUCCAGAUUUGUGCAGACUUUUUCUUCUUCUUAAGAUAUCCUGUGAGGCAGCAGAGGUUUAAGAUCAGAGUUUCCUUCUCCUAGAUGGGCUCCCUUCCCAGGUUGACAAGCCCCAUCUGCCCCUCACUUCCCUCUACAGCACGUAUAGAAACCGCCUUCUUGACUGUUGGACCCACCAUUGUUCCACUCUGCUGGAGCCUGUUGCCGCGUGCAGGGGAAGUCCCUAACUCACUGAGGGAUUGAGACUCAGUGCCACGUCGUACUCCAUGUAUUCUCCACAAUGGAGGUAGCUAACCUGUCCCUACUCCCUGCGAGACUCCCAGCGUCUUCCCACACCAAUAUUGGAUUAGUGACGUGGUUAAUAAUUCUGUGGGCCUCAGCGAGCUUUCUACCAUUUUGGAUUAACUGUUUGAUCAGAACUUUUAAGAACCUCUCAAGCUCAACCCUUUUAACAACAGUUCGGAACCUCUGGGAAAUAUCUGAAACACCCCCACCCUAUUUUUUCCCUUGUAAUUGUGGGCUAGAACUCACUUCAUCAGAUGCAUGAAGAAUGAUCAUCCCUUGACAGAUAUCUGUGUGGCUGAUCCAGUCUCUCUUCCCUUGCAGAGCUGUCCAUCCAGCCAGGGUUGAACACAAACCUCAUUCCACCACACAUUCGAUCCCAGGCCAGCUCGGUGGGAAGUGUGCCUGGCUCCACAACUUCGCACAGUGAGUGCCUUCAUCCUCUUGAGAUUUGGCGCGAGAACAAUCGUGGGCUUGGGUGGGUUGUUCCUUUCAGUGGCGGAUGGAUGCUCAAGUAAGGCCGCUCUGAUGCAUUCUGGGAACGGAGUAGAGGGUUCAGUAUUACGCCUGAGACCUUUCCUUUCUCUCUUUGCAGGUGAGGGGAGAAUGGGAACCGACAGGAGCCAGGUGACGCCCGGGGACGGAGCAGGACCCAUCGCCAACACAUCCUGAGGGGCUGCUGGGCCGUGGGGCAGGUCCCCUCCACUUACCCCCUACCCUCCAGGCCACCCACAUGGACUUCUCUGAACUGUGAACGUGGGGGGUGGGGUGGGGAAGCAACGGUGUGGCCUGGGGGAUCAUGUGGAGCUUGCCUCCCGUUGGCCAGUGGGGAGGCCAAUCGGAGACGAGACGGCCACGGGGAGGGGGAGGGGGCGGAAUUCCCUGUCUCCCUGAAUCACUUCGCGGUUCCCUCCCAUGUUGUCCCAUGAUGCCUCGGCACGGGGAGAGGGCAGAAAAAAAUCCCAUGGCUUAAGGGCUCCCUUUUUCAAAAGCAGUCAAGGUUGGUGCCUCUGGGGAGGGGGAGAGACCCAAGAGCUGCCACCCCACCCCACCCCCAUUUCUCUCCUCCCCUCCCACCUUUCCCAAGGAUGGCCCAGUUCGAUUUUAACUUGCUCUUGUUUUUAACAUCCCCGAGGGAUACAAAAAAUGUUUUAUUUCCAGUCUCAUGUCACCCACGCUCUCCGAACUCCAACCCUGUGGCCCCCUCACACCGUUCUGGUCCCUCACUGGGUGUCCCUCUCCCACCCCAGACCUGUCUGCCUCUGAAACACGGAUGCUGUAUUUUUAAGCGGGUCAGUCUUUUCCCCUUUUUGUUUUCUUAUUAACCCCAAUAAAAUUCAACUUGUCACUUUCAGGUGGGGAAUUAGGACCGUUCCUCUUCCCUGAAAGGCCUCCCUCCCCUCCUUAUUUUGCUGGCUGUGCCUCCACCACAAUCUCUUAAUGGGAACAAGAAACUCCUAUCCCCCUUGCCUUGGACUGUGAGGGGGGCACGGCCAACCGCACCUUCCUCUUCCAACCCUCCCAUACGUCAUGGCACCAGGAUUUCUUGUGGGAAAUCCUCCCCCCCCCCCUUGCCCUCAGUACAGGCUGGCGUUGGGAGCUGUUCCUUCCCCAGGCAGGUGGAUAAAUUUACAGCAGAGCUUGCUCUGAGUUUCAGUCGUGUCUGCUCCCCAGCACCGCAAAUCAAUGAUGUGGGUGGAUGAGGGGGGGGAUGUUCUCUCAAAGCGGGUGGGAGGGGAGGGAAGGAGAAGACAAGUUUUAAUUCCAUGCCCUUUCCCUCUCCUGCUGUAAAUACAUCUCUUCUUUCCCCAUCCCUCUCCCUCAGUGGCUUCCUUUCACCAUUCUCCCUGUAAAUAGAUUAUAAUUUUUUUUUUCUUAAUGCAACGUUGCAAUGAUUGCCCCAAACCCCAUUUCCCUCUCCAUCUUCAGAUCGCUCUAGGAUUGAAGGUCCCCCCUGGGGAGCCAGGGUGCAGCCUGUGGAUAAAUUCCCCCACCUCCCCAUGCCCAUUCCUCAUCACUGCCCCCCCUCCCUUCCAACAUUGUGUGUUAGUUUCUUUCUUAGGUUUUUUGGCUGUGUACAGACAUCCGGUUCAAUAAAUUAUUGGCAUGAACGGAAA